GUCAUCUACGAAUCUGAGACUCACAACGGUGUUGGCGAGUUGCUCGAGAUUUUGGGCAGCAUCAUCAACGGCUUUGCUCUUCCCCUGAAAGAAGAGCACAAAGACUUCCUCAUCAAAGCUCUCAUCCCACUGCACAAGGUGAAAUCCCUGGCUUCCUUCUACCAGCAGUUGUCCUACUGCAUGGCGCAGUAUGUUGAGAAGGACCCGCGCCUGGCGUAUGACAUCAUAACCUCGAUGCUGCGCUACUGGCCCGUGUCGAUCACCUCUAAGCAGGUGUUGUUCCUCAAUGAGUUGGAGGAGACGCUCGAACUGACCCAGCCGCCAGAGUUCCACCGCAUGCAGGACGUCCUCUUCAGGCGCCUCGCACUUUGCAUCACCUGCCCCCACUUCCAGGUAGCCGAGAGGACGCUUUUCUUUUGGAACACAGAUUACAUCGUGAAGCUGAUCAACGCGAACCGGCAGGAGCUGUUCCCGAUCAUUAUCGGUGCCCUUUACAAGAACUCGAAGCAGCACUGGAAUAGCGCG